GAGUCCGGCCGCUCUUAUCUGACGUGCACACGCCUUGUCAGGUGAGUCUGCCGUCACUUCCUGCUCGGCACUUCCUGCUGGACUUCGGCCUUCAUGGCUGCGGAGGAGGAACCGGACAGAAUGACGGACGGCGCCCAGCUGCUCAGUGGACCCGUCCAGGAGGACCAGGACCCUCACAGGAACCACCGGACGGGCUCCAUGGAGUACAAGAGGCUGGAGGAGGAACGGGACGAAGCUGUGAAGAAGCUCAACGAGUUCCAGCAGGUGUCUCAGAUGGUCAUCGAGGAGGUCAGCGCCAUCCAGGAGGACCUGGAGCUGGAGCGCAUGUGCAGAGAGAGCGCCGAAGCCCUGGCCUCACAGCUGAACCGUCAGAACCGUUCUCUGAAGAGGAAGAGCAUGAUGCUGCUGUCCCACCUCAGCCCAGAGACCCUCACCGCCAUCGACCUGGAGGACGAGGACGGGGACGGGGACGAGGAGGCGGCCUGCCUCUCCCCGCAGUGCCACGCCACCGUCUCAGAGCUCAGAGCUGAUUUGGAGCUGGCUGUGAAGAGGAAGAACGAGGUCCAGGCCGAGCUGGAGGCAGUGAGAGAGGAGCUGAGGGCGACCAGAGACCAGCUCCUGAAGGAGGAACAGGACGGCGCCGUGCUGGCGGCGGAGACGCUGCGCCUGAAGAAGCUGCUGGGCAGCUACAACAGAGUGUCUCAGCUGGCUGUGGAGGAGUAUGAAGCUCUGCAGCACUCUCUGGACCUGGAGCGAGACCUGAGGACGGAGGCCGAGAUCUUCGCCAGAACGAUGGUGGUGGAGCAGAAGAAGCUGCAGAGACAGAGCCAGAUCCUGAUGCAGAGCUCCUCGCCCAGUCAGGCCCUGCAGGACGCCAUGGGCCAGGUGGCUCAGCUCACCCAGCAGCUGGAGACCCAGAGGCUGGAGCACCAGAACCAGGUGCAGCAGAUGGAGGAGCGGCUGAGGGGCAGCGAGGCCCAGAGGGAGCUGUCGGCGCUGCGGAGGAAGCUGGAGCUGCUGCAGGAGCAGAACGACGACCACGACCUCCGACGCUGCCAGGCGGAGCAGCAGGUCAAGGACCUGCGGCUUACAGUGGAAGAGCUGCAGAAGAAGCUGCAGGCAGCGACCAACCCCCCCCCGGCCCCCGCCCCGGCCCCGGCGCCUCCUCCGCCGCCGCCUCCACCCGCCCCCGCCGCACCCACCAACCCGCUCAGCUCUCUGCUGUCCCUGAUCCGACGGAGGAGAGACGUCAGCGCCGACGUCCCGCUGGUGGCUCGGGACUCCGGCCGGACGCCCAGUCCGACGCCCGAGGCGGACGUCCGGCAGCAGGCGGUGGACGAGAUGAUGCAGAGGAUCAAGAGAGGCGUCCAGCUGCGUCCCGUCGGCCGGGCGGCCGGCGGGCCCCGGAGGCAGAUGGAGCCGCUGCCCUCUAAUUCUGCCAUCCAGGAACUUAAAGGAAUCAUGGAGAAGGUCUCCAGAAACGCCCCUCAGACGAAGCGCGCCGUGAGCGGCUCCUCCGGCCAGGACGACGAGCUGCAGAGGAUCCUGCUGCGGCGCAGGGUCGCUCUGGAGGCCCGGCCGGACCCCGGUCUCUGAUGGAUCCAGACCUCCGGAUCUUCAAGGCUCCUCAAAUAAAACUCCACAUUCAGAAGCGCUCUUGUAG